UUCUCGACUUACUCGUUCUACUAGUUCACUUUCUCACGCCUCUUUGUUCACGCGGGCUCGUCAAAACGAUAAAACAAAUCGACUUGUUCACCUUUGUCGAUUGUUCAACAACGAGGCCUAUUGUUCACUCUCUUACACCAUACCAUUAUUGCCCCUUGACAAAGAAGAUAGUUCUACCUAUUUCUAUUUGACAAGUCGGCCUGACCUCGCCUGCGGCGACGCGCCUUAGUUAUUCGUCCAUCUGGAAAUCCGCCUACGAAUUCGUAUUUUCUCUUCUUGCGCAAGUCGACCAACUUCACUUCACUUAAUCAUUCUUCUUCUUUCUAGAAAACACUGAAUCCAUUUAACUACAAUUUCGUUGUCCUAUCGAACAAUAUCCUUCAAUUCCUAAGACAUAAAAACUUAUUUCCUACACCUUCCUUCUACAUACAUACUUCAAACUCCUAGCGUUCUAUUUUUCUUUUCUUUUCUCUUCUCGCAGGCGAGACAGAUCAAGUCAACUUCAGACAAGGUCUCAUAAAAAUUACUACAAUCUACUUAUUCAAGAUGUUGUCCAACGGCAUUUUUACCACCGUCGCCCUCCUCGCUGCUGCCGCGCCCGCAGUCCACGCCCACUCCUGGGUCGAGCAGGUUCGCCAAAUCGACCUUACCGGCGCCUUCACCGGCAGUGUGGGCUAUCCCAUCGGCUACAUGAAUCGAUCAGCUCCCGACUUCAACGACAGCUUGGCCCAGAACAAGAUCUUGAACACGGCAACCAACCCAGCUAUCUGCAAGCCCAAAGCCGGUGCUUACGACAAGGUCAACCGCCUCAGCGCAACUUCUGGAGACUAUGUCGCCAUGCUUUACCAAGAGAACGGCCACGUCACUCAGCCAAACCUGACUCCUCGUCCUUACCGAGAUGGUAUCGUGAACGUUUACGGCACUCUUAACCACGAGGACUCUGAUGGCAUUAACGAUGUUCUCAACUCGUGGACUGCCGAUGGUAAGGGUGGAAACGGUAAGGGCAAGCUUCUUGCAACCCACUACUACGACGACGGUCAGUGCUACCAGAACGCCGGCCACAACUUCGCCAUCCCUAUCUACGCCACUCGCUUCCACGAGCACGGACUUGAGGAGCUUUACUGCCAGACCGACUUUCAACUUCCGGAAGAUCUUCCCGACUCUGGCACUUACACUGUCAUGUGGGUGUGGGACUGGCCUCUCAUCACUAGCGACACUCAGAACACCACCGAAAUCUACACUUCGUGUGCCGAGAUCGAACUUGGUCCUUCUAAGAAUAGCACCAAGAACGCUCAGGUCAAGUAUGCCGGCAACAACAAGAUCCAGAGCGCCGGUAUUAAAUCUCAGCUUGCCACUCAGUUCGAGGCUACUGGUCUCGGCAUCGGUACUCACUCCCCUCUACCAGGACCGAGCAGCGCCGCAACUUCUACUCAAGGCUCGGAUGCCACCACUACGUCUGGCGUGACUGCAACUGGUUCUGCCGACCCUACCUCUUCGUCGACCAAGAAGCACAAGGGCCAUCAGAGUGGAGUCGCUACAGUCACCGUUACCGCAGCCGCCAUGACAACCACAGCAUGGAAGACCGUUACCGUUAAUGCAAUUGGAAGUGGUCAGCAGACUUCAAGCUCAGCCUCGGCCUCGGCUUCGACCAGUGCCUCGUCGGCGGCAGAGCAGGCUUCUGCCUCAAUCAGUGUCACUUCAGCCGCACCUACAAACGUUGUCCCCGUCACUACAAUUUCUAAGUUCAUGAAGGCGCGAGCGACAGGACAGGCACGCCGGAUCGACCAGUCCUAAAGCGCGCAAGUAUCUUAAUCCUUGAAGGAUCAUGACACUUACGACGUUUCGGUUUAUUCUUUUAUGAUACCCCUUCCUUUACCAACCGAGCCAG